UUCCGCGCUGACAGUUGGAGGAAACACAUCUCAGUCUUCAUCCUCCAUCAUGUCUCCGUCAGUCCUCCUCCUCGUCCUCCUCCUCGGGCUGCGGAGCUCCACCGGCUCGCUGCCUCCUCCACGGACCUCCUUCCUCCUCAACUCUGCAGGCCGGCCUUUGGUCCACUUCAGGCGCCCGGACCUCCCCUACACGACCACACUGCUGCUGAGCGACGAUGGAUCCACCCUGUACGUAGGAGCACAGGACGCCCUCCUCUCAUUGGACGUCAGUCAGAGUGACGACAUCAGCCUGAAGAAGAAGGUGGAGUGGAGUCCGUCUGCGAGAGAAAUCAGAGAAUGUGCAAGUAAAGGGAAGAACCAGACGGUCGACUGUCUGAACUUGGUGCACGUGCUUCAGUCUCUGAACUCGACACAUCUGUAUGCCUGUGGCAGCUUCGCCUUCAGCCCUCAUGACGUCUACAUCGACACUGAGAGUUUCUCCAUCGUCCAAGAUGGCAGCGCUAAAGGUCGCUGUCCGUUCAGCCCGUUCCAGAGGAGCAGCGCCAUCACUGUGGACGGCGAGCUGUUCACCGCCACAACCACUGACUUCAAAGGAGUCCAACCACAGAUUUCUCGGCACUUCAGCAAACAUGGCCGCCCCGACGUCAGCCAGGAUUCAUCCGUCACCUUGAAGGAGCCAACAUUUGUCAGCUCAUCACUGGACCCAGCAGACAGGAAGCUCUACUUCUUCUUCAGUGAAGUUGGGAAAGAGUUCAGCUUCAUAGACGACCUGCAAAUCGCCCGGGUGGCCCAAGUCUGCAAGGACGACGUUGGUGGACAGAGAACUCUGCAGAAGAAGUGGACAUCCUUUGCCAAAGCUCCUCUGAUCUGUCAGUCGCCAAAACAGCUUCCCUUCAAUGUUCUGCAGGAUGUGUUCACCCUGCAGCCAGCAGAAGGCAGCGGCGCCACGGACACGCUGUUCUACGGCGUCUUCACCUCCCAGUGGUCUACGGGACCAGAAUCUGCCGUGUGCGUCUUCAAACUGCAGGAUGUGCGGAACGUGUUCACACAGAGCUACAGAACCUUUGACAUGGAGACACACCAGUGGAGUCCUCUGGUGGGAAAACACUCGUACCUGGGGAAGUGUGGACUCAGCAACGCCUCUGAUUCUGUGCUGGCGGAGGUGAAGAGGAGCUUCCUGACCAGCGACAGUGUCAAACCAGACGGCGGUGGUCCCAUCGUGGUUUCCUCAGGGGAGCAGUACAUUCGCGUGGCCGCGAUGGUGACCGAGGCUGCCGACGGCAAACAGUACACCGUCCUCUUCCUUCUCACAGAAUCUGGAUUCCUGCACAAAGUGGUUUUGUUUGAUCGGGGUGCGCAGGUCAUUGAGGAGAUUCAGGUCUUCACACAAGCUCAGCCCAUCAAAAGCAUGCUGCUGUCCUCCACGAAGGGAGUUCUUUACAUCGGGACAUCGGAGGGCGUGACCGCGGUACCUGUGGCCGACUGCUCCACCUACAGAACCUGCCGUCAGUGUGUUCUGGCCGGAGAUCCUCUGUGUGGGUGGAGCCGGACCGGGAACGUCUGCACCCGCCUGGACGGAAGUGACAACAACACGGCUCAGGACCUGGGGGACGACAGAGUGGAGGACGUUUGUCCUGGACUCCCCAGGGACAGUAAGAUCACAGAAGUUGGAGUUCGCUUGAAUGAAGUUGUGGCUCUCUCGUGUGUGAAACCUUCCAACCUGGCUGCUCUGACCUGGACCUCCCCCCGACUCAAAGCCCAGACAAAGAACCUCUUCAUCCAGUCAGCUGACGGCACUUUGAGCUUCAUCGCCACCACCGACACCAUUGGGAGCUACCGCUGUGAGGCGGAGGAAGGCAGGUACAAGGAAGUGGUCAUGAACUACAGCGUCCAGCUGGUCCCUUCUCCGAGGUCCAUGAGCCCCGUUACAAAUGUCAACAACGAGCCUCCGCCGAGCAGCGCAGACGAGUCCUACGAGGACAUUCCAACUGAGACAGCACCGACUUCUACGACUCCAACAUCUGAACACCCAGAGGACGACGGGAGAAGCGACAUGGGUGAUAAAUUCACAACCAAUCUGAAAGAAGAGACCGAGUCCAACACAGAACAUUCUGGAUCAAAAAACCCCCUUGAAGACGACUUGAAGACGUCCAAGAACAACGCUCAGGUCAUGCCGGGUCAGCCUGACGACACUCAGAAGACGCUGAAGCAGAAGAGUUAUUACAGCGAGCUGGUGGUCGUCUCUCUCCUGCUGGCGGCCUGCGUCUGCGUCCUGAUCCUCGCAGGACUCCACAUGUGGAACCAGAGGAGAGCCGGGCUCAGACAGAAGCCUCUGGUCAGUCCAGAGGCCAGCAGCAAGACGGAUCCGUCCAUGGAGAGCGUUCCCUCUCUGAGCAGCCCGGAGGAGCCGGAGGAGCUGCAGGUGAAGGUGGAGGAGUGAUGAGGAGGAUCUGAAGUCACGCUGAGUCGUCAGGAGCUUCUCUCUCUGUGGCCGUUUCACUUCCUGCUUCUGUGUCUCACUUUAUUUGUUUGUCGUCAUGAAAAAUGUCCCGUUGCAGGACGAGUGAUGUCGAGAAGGCAAAUGAACUCAAACUCGUCGUCUUACAACUUUGAGCUGCUGAUACAAAAGCAGAUCUGCACAGCAAACAGAAUCAUUAUUGAUCGAGAUGAAAUGCUCCUCAACAAAAUCAGCCUUAAUAUUUUCAAAGUACAGCUGCUCAGGUUAUCUGGUGGAGGAUCAUUUCAUUUUUCAUUUCACACCAGACAUGAAUCUGAGACUCGGCGGUGACGUGACGUUUGGUUUCACUGCAGCAGAUUCCUGAACAGGAAGUCGGACUCCGCCACAAACACGAGUCUGUAAUUCUGUCGAUGUAAUUCUGAUCAUGUCUCUUAUUUUGAAGGAGUUCUGUGUGUCAUCAUCCUUUUUAUUCUCAGAUGAGUUGAAACAAUAUUAACCGAGAUGUUUGAAUGUUUCUGUUUAAUGAAACCAGUCAGGAGUAAACUGGAUGUUUGGUCCACUGAGAGAAAUCUGAUUCAAAUCUGAUGAUUAUAUUUCUUACAUCUUAUUUAGUUGUUUCCUCAAAUAGUAAAAUGAUUGAACAGUGACUUCAGUGAUCAGUUUAUUGAUCAUCAUGUAAACAGAAGUGUGUGUACCAUGACGAAUAUUAACUUUAUGUUUUGUUAUGUUGACGUCUGAGUGACUCAACUGUGUUUUUUAAAAUCAGGGAUUAUUUUUCAUGAGUGUUGAGUCUUUUGUCGAUAUAUUUAUGUUUUGAACAAAGUUACUGAUCACAUGAGUGAAUGAAUGUAAACCUGCUGUGAAUGUAAAGAAGGCUGGGACCGCCAGUAUCGAUCAAUAUAUCGGUGAUUAUCAGUAACACGUGGAUGAAAACAAACAGUUUGGGUUGUUAUUUUACAAUCAUUUAAUAAUUCAGGAGAGUUUUUUCCUGUUUGUCUUGAAUUUAAGCUGCAAAAUGUGAACAUGUUGAAUAGUUACUGUUUUAAUAUUUAGAACCAAGAUUUGUGGAAAUGCUGUUGUUAUAUAUUGAUUUAUCACUUGUUCCGAUCCCGGUCCUGAAUAUAGAUUUAAAUCGGUUUUAUUGAUGAAGACCAGGAGUUUGUUUGUUUGUACAGUGUCAGCUGAUGAACGAUGAUCACUUGACUGAACCUUCCUUUACUGUUUUAUUGUAAUAACUGCAGGGACAAAUAGACUUCUGUUUUGCUUUAUAGAGUAUUGAUCUGUAUUUACUUCAAAGAUCCUCAAACAGCUCUAUCAGUUUCUGAGCUCCUGAUGACUCAAAUGUGCUUCAUGUGUGAGACGAUGCUGCUGAGGAAACAAAUGUGAUCAGUCGCUCUGAAUGUAAUAAAAAGACAUCCGCCCGCUGAGUGUGACGCUCGA